CUGUUUUUCUUACAAGCGGCCAUCAGGCCUCUCUCAGAAAACCACAGGACUAGCUACGGGCAACUACCCGCUGCCCCUCAUCUUCGGACAGCGAUGAAGGAAACUGGCAUUGGAUUCAUGCAAGAGAAAGCUUCCCAACUUUAUUGCGGGAUAUACCCGGCCCUCAGGGAGGCGGGGGGCUCCUGCCACUCUGCACCAAGAAGGGAUAUCCCCCUCCCACUGUUUCAGUGGCAUAAAAGCCCCGAUUCUCAGAGGAGAUCCAUGAGGGCAGGGCCCUGACCUGCAGGCCCCAAGUCUGUUGGGGGGCUCGGGACUCGGAGUUGAGCCAGGCUGGCAUCUAGAUCUCCCAUGAGGCCAAACAUCAGCCCCUCGGUGACAGCACAGUCCCCUUGCCGGAAGAGCCGGUGAUCUCUUCCCCUACCAUAGGCCUUGGCAACGUGCCCACUGGACUCUCCUUGGACUGUCCACUGACCGUGCUUUGUCUAGAAGCUAGCUCUGGAGCGCCCUCGAGUGCUGGAGGCAGGGCCGAUAAUAAAGGGCACUGAAAGCCAAAGGGCAGAACCCUCAAAUCCCCGGCAACCCCAGCUUAAGCCCUUACCAGAAGGCUCGUGGACUUGGUCUCGGCUGGUUCCAUGCCUGAGCUGCAGAUGCCAGGCUGGCCCCCCAGGGCCAAGAACCAGGCUCAGACCUCUCUAGCUCCUUGGAAGCACCACUGUGAGCUGGUGCAGAUGCCUGUGCCCCCCUUACCACCUAACAUCUCCCAGAACUCGUCCCGAAGACUCUUCCUGUCAGAAGCAAAAAUGUUUUUAUUGGGCUCAAUUUCUGCUGCCUGAAGCAUCCCUCUCCUCCCAAAUCUCUUUGGCCCAGUGUCCUGCAAGCUCCAGGUCCGGCCAGUGGAGGGGGACGGGGAACCCUGGCUUUCUGGUGCCACCAAGGCGACUGGCCUUCUCCUCCCAGAAAGCCUUGAGCCCCAGCACUCUCCCUGGCCUGGCCCCAGUCAAUGAGUCAGUCUCAGUGAUGGCUUCCCAGGCAUAAAUAUUGGGGGGCACUAUAGGCAAUCUCAGUAACAGCUUCCCAGGGAUAAAUGCUGGACAGUUCCUAGAAGCCUCUCUGAAGAGGGUGGAAUGACCCAAGCUGCAGCUAGAGGCCAGGCCCACAUGUGUUCUUAAAUGGAGAACAAAAACCUGGGGAAGAGCCCUUUGAGAUGAUGACGAUGGUACAGCUAGCAGAGGGGAAUAUGGAAAGUUCCGAGGCAGAAAUUUAUGUGAAGUUUCAAGAUAAGGAAAGAAGGCGCUUCAGCUCAGGUCUCUGACAACAGGCCCAGCCUAGCCUGCCUCUUCUUGGCCAGUGAACCCCACAGGGGGUCCCACAGUACACAAAGCACUGGGCCUGGAUCCUGGGCAAGCCAUUUCACUUCCAUUUUAUGCCUCAGUUGCCCAAACUAUUAACAUGAGGGUCGGAGUGACAACGCCCACUCCCCAGAGUUAUUGUGAGGAUCAAAUGGAAAGCACUUUGUUCAGUGCAGAGUUCAAGGCUACCAUUGGCUUUCUCCCCCCUGCUGUGCUGCUCUCCUAACCUUGUUUCACAGGCUAUCAUCUUCUGGGGAGGGGGAACUAUACCCCACCUGGCCAUCUUCCCACCAGGUGGGCCAGGUUCUCAUCACUGAGCUCCCGCUGGCACAUGGCAGGAAGGUAGGAGAAGUUCCAACUAAUAAGGGGCAGUCCCAGCCAGCCUGGCCCUACUCUCAACCUGUUGACUUCUCCAUCCCUUUCUUCAAUGCCAACUCCCACAUGGGAACGCCCUCCCACUCUUCUUUCAGCCUCUUCUUCACGAGCUCCAGGCUGGCAUGGGAUAGUUGGGGACUCCCAAAUCUCAGGCACUGGGCCUCGCGAUGAGGGGAGCUUGGCCCAGUGGCCCACUUAGCCAGCCAGCUGACUGGGCUUCUGACUUAGUUACACCUUCAGCACUUUAAAGGUAUAAGCAGGCAUUUUUUUUGGGGGGGGGCACCCAGCCUUCCCGCUUUGUACAACAGUAGCCACCUUUCAAACCCUAGCUUCAGGUGAUUUCUGGGCCCAAUCGCCCACAGCCUCCAACUCACAUUCCCCACACCUUUAGUGUACAUGUAGCACAUAUUUAAGGCUCAUUUUUUAGCUGUUGGGGUACAUGUGUAUGUGUGCAGUGCAAACGUGUUCUAUAGAGAGAGAUGGGGGGGGGGCACCACAGGAACUUCUUAGCCAUUACUUUGUUCAACCACUUCCUUUUAUAAAGAAGGAAACCGGUCCGGAGAUCUUUACAGCUGACUCCAGUGGGCUCUCCAGCCUGACUGGAGCUCCGGCGCCUCUACGACUCUCUUCUUUUUCAGCUCCGUUUCAGUCUCGUCCGUGUUCCUCUGCCAGCUUCCCUCUCCCGGCUGGCACGCCGGCCGCCCCCUCCUUCCCUCCCCCCCGCCCACCCCGGGGCCCGGGCACAGCGAGGGUGGGUGGGUGGGGGGGGCCACUUUGUCGUCAUCCUUCACCGCUGCCUCAAGGGAGCAUCUGAAGACUGCGGACUUCGUGAGAAGAGCCGGCCCCAGAGCACCCCAAGCGGAAGAGGGAAAUAAAUGGACAGAGCAACUGCUAGCUGAGUCCGAGGGGAAGGAGGAACAGGCUUUGUGGGCAUCCGACUUGGCCAAGUUCCUCCUUAUUUCUGGAGGAGAAAGGGGCAGCCGGCCGGGUGGGAAGCGCCCGAAAGGGUGCUGAGAACAUGCCCACCCCGUGCCCUUGAACUCCUGCGGAGAACCAGCCCCUGGCCUUCCCCUCUCCUCCCAGUCUCGGGGCUGGCACCUAGGCCUCGGCUCACUUUCUAAACAAAGCCACGUGUCCCCACAGUGCGCUUCCCCCCCACCCCCACCCCUGUCAGAGGAUCCCCAAUUGGCAGUCUCCCCUCAGCUCGGAACCUCCUCUCGACUGGAGCAGGCGCGGGACUUCAGCAGGGAGGAAAGGGGGGGGGGGGCAGGGAGAGGUGUCGCCAGGAGGCGGAGCCCCUAGGACGACUUUCGCCUGGCCGGGACACACUUCUUAAAUUAGGGGGAGGGGGGCGGCCAUCUGUGACUCGGGGCCGGGGUCGACUCGUGCUAUACCCCUACCUGAGCCGUUCGGGCCGGAGAGGACGCGAGCCUCUGGAAGGGCCUACCCAGUGAUGUGCCGACCUUCGUGGGCUUUGGAGUUCUCGAUUCGGCGUAGUGCUGGAGAGCCCGCGGCAUCGGGGGGUGGGGGGAACGCGAAAGGGUAAAGAGCAGUGAGGGUGACAAGACCUAGAAGCCCGCGCAAACACUGGGCUGGCGAUCGCAAGCGCUAGCUAAACCGCGCGAGAGGAGUCGCGUGCGUGCGCAUUCGGGAAGGAAUAGGCUAGACACCGGAACACGGACUCCAGAACGUAACUUUCGUGCUGCGCGUGCGCGAACGAGCAGGACGAAGGCGAAGGACUUUAUUGGCACCAACUCAAAGCGCUCUGGGACUUCUUGGCGCUCCUGCGCCGGCGCGCGGUCCCGAAUGAGGCGGUCCAGGGAGGAGAUGGCCCAGCUCGCCUCCUCCCGUCUGUGUGAAGGAUCUGGGGAGACUCCAGGUUCUGUUCCCGAAUCGGCUCCAAGGUCUCUCGAGACGAGGGAGGGGCCCCGGCGAACUGGGAAGAGAAACCGGGAAAAGCUUCUCUUUCCCAUGUGGGGCAGGCUAGACCGGAAGGGGCGAGGGAGGGGCUCCCAGCUCCCACCGGAACUCACGCAAGAAUCCCCCUUUUGUCCACUGCCAUGGCAACGGUGACGCUAUCUCUCGUUAUAUAACCGCGGGAGCAGACAACUCUCCGGAGUCGGAGCUAGCCCGCUCGGGAGGUGAGGACAUGUGGGGAGAGGGCUGGGGACUGACAAACGGCGGAAAAGGGGACAAGCAGUGAAGGGGGGGAUUAUACCUGGCCUGGGGCGGGGCGUGAAAGAAGGGGAGGCGGCACCGAGGAAAGGGAGACCGUUAGGACUGGAUCUGGGCGGCUAGGGGACCUUCGCCAGCUAGGUCCCCUUUUCCCAAUAUAGCCCACAGAAACAUGCCAUCGCUUUCGGCACAUCAUGGGAGGCUAGACCUAAAGACAAAGACUUGUGAGGGCCGUCGAGUCUCAAUUUACUGGGUGGGGGAGGGCAUUGAGAGCUAGAGACAAGAGACAAUAGGCCAGCAUGGCAAAAGCAGUCAAAGCUCUAGUCAGGAUGGGAUCCCAAGGCCAGAGCGCUGGGGGCUGAGUGGUAGGAGCCGGAUCACAGUCCCAACUCUGUUCCCUUCUCUUUCAAUUAGACAUCGAGCCAAGAGUGGUUUCAGAAUAGUGGAGGACGUUCUGAAGCGCGCGCAUUGAGGAGCAAAUUCAGUGAUCACAAGGGCUCCUUGCAGCUCCUCUGAUCUGUACCAGCAGUCCUUCCAGCCGGAAGCUUGCGAAGGAGCUCCAGGAACAGCAGAAAUCCCCCUAAGUGCUCCUUGUGUCUCUCAGUAUCAAGGUAGGAUGUUCAAAGUAGACAUCCAAUCUGAACAGAAGCAGGCUGUGGCCAUUGAAGCCCGAAGAACCCGAGAAAAACAGAGGCAGAGCCGAAUCUUUAAUGUUCAGAACCAAGUGAUUGGGGUGGACAUGGAAGCCUUAAAAAACCAGGUGAUGGAACGAAGAAAGAGAGAGGAUGCUGAGCGGGCUCGUGAAGAAGCCUUCGAUGCUAACUGUGUCCGGUGUGACUUAAUGGCCCAAAUGCUGGAGAAGGAGGAAGCGCAGCGUGCCCGACAGUUAGCUCAGCAAGUGCAGGCCUUUCGUGAGAAGGAGCAGCAGCCCCAACGCUGCCGAGAGUUUGACCCAGGAAGACUGCAGAAAAAGCCAGUAAGAGCGGGUGACCAGGACCCCUGCUGCGGACCCUCCAGCAUGCAGUACUUUGCGGGGGAAGAUCUGAACUGCACUACACGCCGGCGUCUACAACAAGAACAAUCCCGUCGUGAUUUGGGCCGUCAGUGGGAGGAGCACCUCCAGGCCAAGAGGCAGGAGAAGUAUUUGGAUAUCUUGGAGGGCCAGAGGCAGAUAGAGAUGGAUCUACGCGCUGUUCACCUGGACGAACUGGAGGCUACCCAUCGUAGAGUCAAGGAUGUAGCCAUGGCAAAUUACAACAGGUCUCAGGCCACGGAAAUGGACAUACAGCAGCAACUGGCCCGCCAGAGGGAGCAGGAUGACAACCUCACUGAAAUCUAUAAUCACCUGACCAGUGACAUGCUGACUGAGAAGCGCCCUGCUUCCUCAAAAUCACAAAAAGUGAUCCCGAAACACUGGAAGGGCAUGAGCCCUGAACAAAUAGCUGCCAUCCAGAAGGAACAGGCAGUACAGCGCCUUGAAGCCCAACACCGGCGGAAGGCCGAGAAGCGCCAGGAAGCCGAGUGGGCCCGUCAGGAGCAGAUGGCUGCUCAGACUGCUUGCCAGCUGGAACAUGAGCAACAAGUCCAAGCACAGAAGCUGCGUCGGGACCUGGACGCCUACAACAAGGAGCUGGCUCAAGAGCAGCAAGCCAAAAAGGACUACCUGGACAAAGUGGUGUACACCAACGAACCCACAUCCCAGUUCUACCUGCAGUUCAACACCAGCAGCCGCUGAGUUGGGAGGCUCAGCCCUAGCAUGUGGAACUCGGGCUAGGGCAGGAGUGGAAUUCAGUGAAAAAAUAAAAGGAUUUGGGGGA